AUGCGUGCGUGUGGCGAUGGCCUGGUGCGUGCGGGCGUCGAUGCGGCCGGAGAUGCGUGGGGUGGCGCUGGAGGGCGUGCGGGGCGGCGCUGGAUGCGUGUGUGCGUGGCGCUGGUGGGCGCGCAGGCGGGGCUGGAUGGCGGUGCGGGCGGCGGGCCGAUGGCGUGUGCGGUGCCGAUGCGUGGGUGGCGUCGAUGGGCGCGGUGGGUGGCCGAUGCGGUGGGGCGGUGGGCGGCGCUGAUGGGCGUGUGUGUGGGGCGGUCUGAUGGGCGUGCGGCGGCGUCGAUGGUGGCGUGGUCGAUGGGCGUGGGCGGCGCUGAUGGCGGCUCGAUGGGCGUGGUGGCGGCUGAUGGCGUGCGUGGGGCGGCGGGCCGAUGGCGUGCGGGCGGAUGA